UGUGAAGUCGAAGCGGAAGUACUCCAUGUUUACGGAAGACAGGUCAAAGAAUUCACCAAUGGAUUCAACCUACUCGAUAAACCCGUUGCUACAUUAAGAUUUUUAACUAUUUGUUAUUUGAACGUUGUUUAUAGUCUAGGUUUCUUGUUGUACGUAGUUACAUUUUUCGUCAUGUGGGAUCAUGAAAUCAGAGCCAUGGCGUCCGCUCACGCCAUCAUCGCCGCGUCGGUGUUCAUGGCCACAGUGUUACCUGCGGCGGCGGUGCAGGGCUUCUCGGUGUACGGGACUCACCUUCUGUGGCUUUACUCGGUGUCCGGAGCUGUCACCGCCGUCAGUGUCGCCGUCUUCUGGCUGCUCGGCAUCACACCGCCCACCAAGAAGCACACAGUGGGAUACAAGCUCUCAAGGUUGUUUCGUUCCUGUCUGUACUUCUUCCUGUCAUGCCUGUUCUUCCACACAGUGGUGGUUCUCUAUGGAGCUCCGCUGAUUGAGUCUGCCUUGGAGACCUUCUCCCUCUCUGUGCUGCUGACCUCUCUCACCACUCUGAGGUGUCUCUGUGUUCUCGGCCCCAAUGUCCAGGCCUGGAUACGAGUGUUCAGCCGACAUGGAGCUAUGUCUGUGUGGGACACCGGUCUACAGAUCACAGUGGCCUGCACACUGGUAGGAGCCUGGAUUGGAGCCUUUCCUAUACCUCUGGACUGGGACAGGCCCUGGCAGGUAUGGCCUGUUUCCUGCAGUCUUGGCGCCACCAUUGGCUUCCUCACUGGGCUUGUUGCAGCUCCUGCCUGGAUCCACUCUCACCGCAAACAGCUCACAUACAAGUGCAAGUGAGAGGCCGACAUACGUGUGCGUGACCAUGAGGGCAUCCCUCAUAUUCCUGCUGUAAUCCUUUGUACUGAUUAUUUAUUGGGAACAUUGUCUCUGUUUGCUGCCUGUUGUUGCAGAUGAUUUUGCAAUAACACAAGACGAUAUGACGAGCAUCAUUAUUUUGUACCCAUGAAGGCUGCAUAUGUUCCUGAAGAUUUUUGACAUAAAUUGAAGUUUUUGAAUUAAAGAUGAGGAGUUUA